AUUGAGCCAAUUCAAGAUUACAAAGAGAGAUGGGGUUUGUCAUUUUGUUUUCAGUUUUAGUCUUAAGUUCGUAUUCCUACCCUUAUAUGUUAACUUAUUUGCUGAAUUAUAUGUUUUGAAAAGAAGAAUGGAGUUGUAUGCUCUCAAAGUGGUGAUAAUUCCAAUAAAUAGAUCAAAAAAGAAAGGGGAGGAGCUAUGCACUCCAACUGUUUGACGAAAUGCUUGAAAGAGCCAUCUCACCUAAGUCAGACCUUAUAACAUCACCUGACGUACACAUGACUGUGAAUUUAUGGCCCUCACUAGAAAUUUACUCUUUUGCAGUUUUUUACCUGCCUAGCUAAUGAAUAUGAAAGAAGGCAUAUGUCAGCUUCCUCUAUUGCAAGACAUUAAAGUGCUUGGGUCAAUUUGUUCAGAACUUUCAAAGCCUAACAAAAAGUCAGUUCAUGGGCUUAUCAAGAUAUUCUCUAGCUUUGAGAGCUGCAUAAGGCUAAUGAUUAAAAAAAGAAAAGAUGCUUGUUGUUUGGAUAUGGAGCCAUGGAAGAACUUGGACCCUUCCGUGUUAACAGUGAUGGAAAAACACUCUACCCCAACCACUAUGCAUGGAACGAUGCUUUUAGGUGUUGGUGUCAAGCUUGUUGGCAAUACAGUCAUACCAUGGCAUGAUUUUAGUUUAAUGAAUACGAAAGCCUUUGCGAACCUAAAAGACUCUGGCGGUUUUUUGGGCAAAGAAGUUAACGAUCGGGUGCCACAAUAUUGGUUUUAUUUGGCUGAGAAUUUAGAUCUCUGGAAUAGCUUCGUUUGGGGUAGCUAUCUAUGGGAUUUUACUUAUUUUGACCUUGAGGAUACGUGGAAUAAGAUAUAUCAUUAUUUAUCACUUCCUGAGCGUGGUCAAACUUUAAAGUAUUCCGUCUCAGGAUUUACGGCUCCAAUUAGGAUAUGGAUAUAUGAGAUGAUUCCGGCUGUUCGUGCAUGUGGAUUUGCAUUGAGAAAAAAUAAAGACUUGCCUCGGAUGAAAAGAUGGAGCGGAACAAAAAAAUUGAAAUGGGUUGACGUGAACAAGAUUUGGUCAAAGAUGCAGGAGGGGCUACCACCAAGACAAAACAUGUUACCGGGUGAUGGUGAGAUGACAUCUUUUUAUUAUAUGUCAUUUCAAGAGUAUGUAUAUGGUGAAGGGAAAGCAGUUCCAUCCCCAGUACGGGACCAUUUUAGGAGACAAGACGAAUCUUCGUCUAGUAUGUUGUCCAGUGGUCGCUCUCAUGGUAGAGGUCGGGGCAGUGGGAAACACAAGCUAGACGAGGUGUUGAAACGGCUACAUGCACUGGAGCAGCAUGUGUUUAUGAACCGACAACCUACAGAGGUUUUUUUUGAAGAAGUGAAUAAUGAACAAUUUUGGAACGACAUUAUUUUUGAGGAACCGACAGUGUCACAAAGAAAUUAUGAUGAACAGGUUAGUUACACGCUACAUUAUUUAUUAAAUUUUAUUAACAUAUAUGAAUACCUGUGUUCAUAUUUUAUAUUUGAAAAUAUAGGUUGUGCAAGAUGAAGUGAUGAAUAAAAACAAUACAACUCAAAAUGUUUUUGGUGAUACUCAAGACGACAAGGUUGUUAUAGAUGUUACCUUUACGAUUUUAAUAAUUAC